AUGAGCACCAUAGCGCAGGGCCAUGACAUGUUCUGUCAGAAGGCGGUGACCCUCAUUGCUGACCUCUGCACCCAGGAUAGUUCCCUAUUGGACCACAGCACCUGUGAGGAAUUCCUUUUCCUGCUCUCCAAUCAAGACUUCAGCCCUGACCAGUCCGCUUCGGAUGUCACUUUUGGCCUGCCCUUGGGUGUGCUGAUAGUCUUUGGCCUGGGCUUGCUGCUCCUAGCUGCAUUAGCCUCCUGGAAGCUGUGCUGGGUACCUUGGCGUGAGAAGGCCUUGUCCUCCAGUUCGGCUGCCCUUGCCCCCGAUAGCUGUCCACCCCAGGCACCCUCACCCCUCCCCAGUCCCCUGCAGCCACUGGUCACCAUGGCAACAGAGAAGGUCAAGGAUCCCACACCUUCCAUUGGCUUCCUGGAGGCAGCGGUGAAGAUCAGCCACACGUCUCCCGACAUUCCGGCGGAAGUACAGCUGUCCAUGAGGGAGCACUUUUUGCGACGUACGCAGCGCAUGCAGAGACAAACCACUGAACCCGCCUCAUCUACCAGGCAUAGCUCUUUUAAGCGACAGCUCCCCCGUCAGAUGCAGGUGUCCAGUCUGGACCUGGGGAAUGACUAUGUGGACGUGGAUGAACAGCCUACCAGCAUUGGCCGUAUCAAACCCGAGCUCUACAAACAGGGGACGCUGGAGAACGAGGACUCAGCCAAGAAUGGGGGUGGCAAAACCUGCGGCAAGAUCAACUUCUCCCUCCGCUACGACUAUGAGAACGAGAUGCUCCUUGUCCAUAUCAUCAAGGCACUGGAUUUGCCUGCCAAGGACUUGUGUGGCAGCUCUGACCCCUACGUCAAGAUCUACCUGCUCCCCGACCGGAAGCAGAAGUUCCAGACCCGUGUUCACCGCAAGACCCUCAACCCCAUGUUUGACGAGACCUUUCAGUUCCCCGUGCCCUACGAUGAGCUCCCAGUCAGAAAACUCCACCUCAGCGUGUUUGACUUCGACCGCUUCUCACGACAUGACAUGAUCGGCGAGGUCAUCUUGGACAACCUGUUUGAAGAUUCCGACCUUUCCCGGGAAACAUCCAUCUGGAGGGACAUUCAGUACGCCACCACUGAGAGUGUAGACCUGGGGGAGAUCAUGUUCUCUCUAUGUUACCUGCCGACUGCUGGGCGACUCACUCUCACUGUAAUAAAGUGUCGAAAUCUCAAAGCGAUGGACAUCACGGGGUACUCUGAUCCCUAUGUCAAAGUGUCCCUGAUCUGUGACGGGAAGCGUCUGAAGAAGAAGAAGACCACCAUCAAAAAGAACACACUGAACCCCACCUAUAACGAGGCCAUCAUCUUCGACAUCCCACCAGAGAGCAUGGACAAUGUCAGCCUGCACAUCUCCGUCAUGGACUACGACCUAGUCGGUCACAAUGAGAUCAUUGGAGUGACCAGGGUGGGUUGCAGUGCAGAGGGUUUAGGUCGCGACCACUGGAACGAGAUGCUGGCGUAUCCCCGCAAGCCUAUUGCACACUGGCACCCCCUAGUGGAACCUAAGAAAUCAGAGAAAGAGUGGAAAGCUCGAACAGCCAGCUUUGACAGCCAGGGGUCUUGCCCCUCCCCCAAGCCCCCAUCUAGUCCUUGA